AUGCAUCAUACAAAUAUUAACAUUUCAACGGCAACAACAGAUUAUUUACUCUCGUCAAAAUCAAAUUAUAUAGUAAUCUUUCCUGAAGGUACUAUAAGCGAAGAACCAAUGCAAUUUGAUGACAAAGCGUUAGAAUACUCUUUAAUAUCGAACUGUCCUUCUCCUAUAGAACGUAAAUUGGAGAAAUAUAAAAAAUUGAGGGCCAUCCAUGAACGUGCCGGUCGUUUACCCAAAUUUUUGGUAGAUUAG